CUGUUUUGUACAUCUGUUAAAACAUAAUGAUUUAACAAAGCCUAUAUUGAAACUAUGGAUCUCCUCUCCUGGCUGCAGUAGGGGAGAAGAGAUGAGGGCCAAAAGCCUGAGACUCCCAGUGGCUCCUUCACAUAGUGAGAAAGGAUGGUUUCCUGUUCCAUUUGAACGAGGCCAGAGAGAGAAAAAGAGGCAGUGACAGAGAAAGGCCUGUAGGAAAGGCUUGUGGACUAGAAGAUUUUAAUAUGAGGGCUCAGCCAGACUUGUGUUUUCCCCGCUGCUAUUGCCCUUGGGAAAACUUUUUAUUUACCACUGAAUGAGAGCAAACAUCACUUGAGUUUUCUCCAGAUAUACAUUUGCUCUGAUUUAGCACUUUAAAAAGCGGGUUUUCAAGGGGAAAGCGGUAGGCAAAAUUGCUCUGACCCAUGCGUAGAAAGCAUGGGAGAAGCAGAAGUGUGGAUGACGCACCAGAAAAGAAAAAUAGAAAGAAUCAGACUAUGCCUAAACUACUUAAAUGUAUGUAAAUAGACUGAAGAUGGGUUUUUUUUAUAAGAAAUGGGGGAAAGAUAAGAUAUAGAUAAGGAAAUAAGAGCAUUCCAUUGAAGGCAACACUUUCCCUCAAAAUGCAUUUUAUGCACUCUGGAAUAACUCUUGGGCAGUGCACUGGCACUAAAGAAAUAUAUUGGUGUUUUAAUUUCAGGACAGACAUAUUCAACAGUAGUGUAGUUUCAGCUGUAGCCCUCUGGCAAUCACAUUUGUGUUAUGGUGCAACAGCAAUGGGUUUUAUAGGAAGCCAUUUUGGUUGUGUUGGAAAUCAAUUUGCAAACCUGCUUAGUCUGGACCUGGGCAAUGUGGGUUCCCUUUACAGCCGGUCAGAUAAGGUCUCUUCCAGGAUUGCUGUGAUGUGGACAGAGAAGGUAAGAAUAAUAAAUCACAUUAAUUAUGAUGAAAUAAACACUCCUAGUCUUUCUUAGAAUUUCAAUACACUUUGGGUUUUAGGCCUGGCCUGAAAAGGAACACAGGAUUGGUAAAGUGAGAAGUACAAAUGGAAAAGAAUAUUAAGCAGAUAUUAGAAUUAUCUUCAAAGUUGCCUGAGCUUUUUAUUGGCCUUGAGUAUAUAUUUCAAGAAUAUUGAAGGGGGGAGCACAUUAAUACACCAAACUUUAAUUGUUGUUAGUUUAUCCAUGCAGCCCAGCACUUUUUUUCCCCUUCAGCCUGCUCCAGAAACGUUUGUUCACUUGUUACAAACCAUGUCACAAAUCUUCAGUGCGGCAGCUAAUAUUUUACAAUUGAUCAAAUAAACUGGGCUAUGUAUUCUAAAUAUGUGACUUAAUGAAAACAACUGAAAGAUUUAUGCUCCAUUUAAUGUACUUAGCUGAAGACCCAGGGGGAUUGCCAAAGGAGAUAAAAACUGCAGUACGGGUUAAUGCUUAGUUAUCUUUUGGUUAACUCUUAUAGCUUAGUAGUCAAAGGACAUGAAAGGAAAACCUUUGAUAAAAAUUAGCCUAUUUGUAAAUUCCAAAACAGGCAGCUGCCUUUAUGUGUAGCGCACUGUAGACUUUUAUACUUCCAAACAAGGGGUUGUAGCAAAACUUCUUUUGCCAUUUAUGGACAAGGACAAUAUUUUUAUUGGUUUGGCAUCCUAGGAGACAGGGAAAACUUAAAAUCAAUUUUGUGAAUAAAAAAAAGCAACUUAUCUGAAACUAUUAAGUAAAAAAUGAUUUUCUUAAAAAGUUUUUCCAUUCUUUAAAUUUAUUUAUUAUCAUCAUUUUGAAAAAGAAACAUAAUCAUUGGAAAAUAAUAAUUGGAAAAUAAUUAACAUACAUCCUUCCAUAAUAUGCUAAUGUAUCCAUCACAGAGCAAAGUCAACAUAUUAAUAGUUGCACACACACUAAAAUCAAGGUCACAAAGCAAAGGAAACAUAUUAAGGUUAGGUUACAAAUCCCUUAACUAGUCAAACACCCUAUUAUUAUUUGACUGAGGUCAAAUAUUGUCAAAGAGACCUUGAGGUCAACAAUAUUCUUGUGUAAGUAUAUGUGGCAUUAUUAUCUUUUUAUUACACCAUGAUGUCACAUCCAACGGCACAAAGACCUCCUUGUUCUGCAGCUUUGCAGGAAUCAAGAUCGCACACCCGUGUGCACACAUAUGCCCUGCCUAAAAUUUUCUGCUGGGGGUUCUGAUCUCUCUCAAUUAUGUGUCACAGUCUAAUUUCUUCUACUUACCACAUGUCAUCACUGCAGAUGUCAUUGAACAGGAGGAGUACAGGAUUCAGAAGAAAGCCUGACACCAACAUAUAUGUACAUGCAAUGUUUAAUUACGGCAGCUAAGGUCACAGGCGGUAGUAGUGAUACUAAAAUGGCAUUCUUAUUUCUUAUAGAGCACAGCACAUCCUUUCUCAAAAAUAUGUACUCCUGACAUAUAGCAUGGUUCUAUGUAUUGCAAAGCCGCUAUGCAAAUCCUCUCUCACCCCUUUUCAAGCUGGAAGCAAUGGGAGGGAAACGAGUGGAGGAGAUUUAGUCAUGCCCAGUACAGUGGUACCUCGGUUUACGAACAUAAUCCGUCCCGGAAGUCCAUUCUUAAACCAAAACCAUUCUUAAACCGAGGCAUGCUUUCCCUAAUGAGGCCUCCUGCCACCGAUGCCCUUCCACUGUUCAGAUUCUGUUCUUACACCAAGGUAAAGUUCUCAAACCAGGACACUAUUUCUGGUUUUGCGGAGUUCAUAAACCAAAUCGUUCUUAAACUGGACUGUUCUUAAACCGAGGUACCACUAUACUAAACUUCCCACCAAUCUGGGUGGGGGACUGCCAGGGCCCAGGGCAGCUUUGCAUACUGUAAAUCUACGCUGUUGCUUGGAGUGUCCCUAAUGUGUCUGCUUUUUAGCCCUACCAACAGAGCUCCAGUGUCAGUUGAACCAGAACUUAGGAGGAGCCAAUAGCAGUUGUCAGGAAAGCUCCACCAUCAGAUUUCCCUUUCUGGUAUUAGAGCAGUGUAUCACAUGUCAGAUUGGGUGGAUCCAGUGAAACCUGUCCUAUGAAACUUGCAGUUUGGUAUUGCAUGAUUCAUUUUUUUAAAAUACUAAAUUUUCAGUGAGGGUUACUAAGAUUGGUUCAGGGAUUAAAUAAAACGGCACACAGUUUGAAAGCAUCGGUGACCAAUUACAGGUUGGCUUGAUGUGAUACCACACACAGAGGGCAUGAAAAGGAGGGGGCACUCCAGGCUUCAGCAUCUUAAAAAGUGAUGAUGCAUCCUACCUACUCAACAGCUGAUUGUCUAGAACCCAAAAGCACUUUCAAAUUAGCUGGCAGCACCUGGGGAGGCUUAGGAGGGGCACGAGGAAGAUGCCACUAUUUUCCAUACAGUUUGUGGAUUCCAAUGGAAACUUAACUGCUGUUGCAAUAAGUGAGACACAGUAUGACGGACAUCAGCUUCAGUAACUCCCUGACUGGAAAUGUGCCUCCAAUAUCCACCUAUAAAUCUCAUGAAGCUUUGUCAGGGGUUUUCAUUUUAAUAUUUGGUUGUAAUUGUUGUUAUGCAUAUGGUGCCUGGGUGUACAUUUGGUUGAUUCCUAAAAAAACAAACUAGAUAAUAAAUAUUACCUAUUGCUGAUGGAAUAUGUAUGCACGAAUCAUUGCACAAAUUUAUACAUGUGUUGUCAAGUGAGAUUACACAGACUCCAGGGGUCACGAGCGGGACUUGUAUCCAAAAGAAAAAAGACGAGUCAAGAGGGCGUGCUGAGAGGUUUCAACCUUAGCACCAGUCCUUCUUCUUGAAGGCUAAAUGUCAGUAGGGCUUGGAGGCAUUGAAAUUAAUCCAAUCACAAUGAAGGAAUAAAGACAAGGCAUCUGUACCUCUAUUGACUUUUCACGUUUGUGUGAUAAUUAUUGUAACAUUUUAUUAAAGGCCACAGACCUUUUGAUGAUAAAUACAUCUCAUUACAUGGAAUUUUUAUACGUAAUCAUCCCACAGAUCUUCGUGUAAUUCAGUGGAUGUAUUUAUCAUGUGUUAAUCCUAGCAUAACAAGCCUUUAACCUAUUUAACUUAAUUGCAGGCGUAUCAUAUGAUUUCCUGGAAAAGUCUUCUUCUCUUUUUCUCUCAUCCUCUCUUAUACACCAGAAAAGUUUUAUUGCUUUCUUAACCCUUUUGUGAGACCUGAUAUUUUUCUUUUUCCAUGCUCCCCUUUUACUUUCUCUAAAUUGAAGAGCUACCAAAUUCAGUUACUAGCUUGGCUUUUCCAGAGCUAGAAAAAGAUUUCAAAUUUCUGAGCACCAACAAAAGUUUACCAAGAGCAGAGAAGAAAAAGAAUACAAAGCUGUUGUUAAUAUGGCAAGAAACAAGCAUAUAUGGAACAGCUACACUCUCUAGGAAUUCUCUAUAAAAGCCUACAUCAGAACACCAACAAACACCACAUGUUCUUUCCUUCUUCAUCUGUCUAUUCCUGCAUCUUGCACAGAGCACAGACUGAGCAUGAUAUAUCAUACUCUAAGAUAUGGUAUGUUCUAAGAAAACCAAAACAUUUGCACAUUGAAGAUCUGUUAAUUUCAGACCUUUGGAGCCACUGACUUCAGCUCCCAAGCAAAAGUUUUCACACUGUAUGUGAGUUUUAAAAAAUGCGCUUAAAAUAUUGUGGUUUUAGUGGGUUUAUUAAUCCAGCUCUGUAAUAUGCAUCUGUUAAAAUAAGAGCAAAUAAACAGGUUCCUCCAGAAUCAUUUUGACGGCCAGGGGCAAAAGCAGCUAUAAUGGAUGCUAGUGAACAAUCUCCCUCAGAAAGGGUUUAGGUAUCAUUAUGAGACUCAUCUGCAUGAGUAGAAAUUUAUUGCAUCUAUUAUCUAUUGCAGGGGUGAGGAACCUCAACCUCAGGAACCAGCCUCAGAACUGAAUGUAACCUGUUGUAGAAAGUUAAGAGUCCCACCUACCGUUCUGCCUCCUUUUGCCUCUCGCCCUGCCCACCAAUGGUUUGUGGCCCCUGGAAGACUACCCAUGAGGGAAUGCGGCCCUUGGAAUUAAAAAGGUUUCCUACCCUUGAUUCUGUCUCCUAUCUCCUAACAGCACUAUUUGCCCUCAGCUGUACCUCCUGUCCCACCCAGUUCCCAGAAGUAACAAUCCAGUCCUUUGAACCAAAUAUUCUCAGUAGAGGCAGGGAAAGUCACUGGGAAUAACUCAAGCCAGAUACUACCAGAAGCAAAUGCAGGCGUUUGAUUUACAGUAUUUUUGGAUGAAUGGGAUAGUAGUAGUUUUGUCUCAUUUAUAUGCAAAUUAUAUGUUAUAAGCAAAAUGUAAUAAUAUAAAAACAAGGCUAAAAUAAAAUGAAGCACCAGAGAGGAUUUAAAAUCAAAAUAUUAUAUAAUAGACAAAGGAAACUUUGUUCAUGGUUUGCCUAUGUCAUAGAUCUAUUUGGGUACUUUAUGCAACAUAUCAACCCACUCUUCCUCAGUAUCAACCCACUCUUCCUCAGUAUCAGCAUGUUUGUGAUCUUUCCUGGCACUGCUUUGAUCUUUUACCUCUUUUGUUAAGAAUACUAAAUUAGUAACAUUAAACUGAGCUGUAAUUUAGCAUUUCAUUUUAUACAAAGUGAAAGCUGAAAGCCAUCAGGUUAUGAGUGGUUCCAUACAUUUAACCAUUUAAACCAAGGCCGUGGCUUGGGGGGCAGAGGAAGCUAUUAAGAUGUCUACAGCACUUAGUUCUGUACACAGCUGUCAUGCUUUUAAUGUCAAACUUAGUCACUAAGGUCGGGGUGAGACAGAACUGGCUAAUAGUGCCACUUCUUCACUCUCUCCAAUUACAGCAAUGGGAUGACUGAAAGCAGCACAGAACUCAAAGUAGGGCAUGCAGGUAUUUUGGAAAUGGGUGUCAUAAUAAUGUCUUAGUUAUAAAAUAGGGGUGAGAAACCUGUGUUGCUACAGAUGUUGUUGGACUAUAACUCCUGUUAUCCCUGACGGUUGGCCGUGGUAGCUAGGCAUGAUGGGAGUUGGAGUCCAAAAAACAACAGGCUUACCUGAGAGCCAGUGUGGUGUAGUGGUUAAGAGUGAUAGACUCGUAAUCUGGGGAACCGGGUUCGAUUCCCCGCUCCUCCACAUGCAGCUGCUGGGUGACCUUGGGCCAGUCACACUUCUUUGAAGUCUCUCAGCCCCACUCACCUCACAAAGUGUUUGUUGUGGGGGAGGAAGGGAAAGGAGAAUGUUAGCCACUUUGAGACUCCCUAGGGUAGUGAUAAAGCGGGAUAUCAAAUCCAAACUCUUCUUCUUCUUCCCUGAUAUAAAACCACUGGGAAAUAUUACCUACUUUGGCUAUUUAGGAAAUUUUGUGAUAUUACUUGACAUAGUGAUAAAUGUGACAUAGAUUAUUGUCAACAAGUGGUGGGCAGCUGCUGUGUUUGAAGGAACCUGAGUGCCCAAAUCCUGCAUUCUUCUGCCCAAGUGUAAAGAAGCUCACAGAACACAUGUGAUGAGAUACUAUUACAGAAAUUGAAUCUUCAGAAGUUCCAGCUCAUAAAAGCAUGCUCUGGAUUGUUAGAUGCAGUGGUGCAUUCACACUGAGAGAUGUAAGCCACUGAAGCGCAACACAUUCAUUCAAUCACACCGUUUUCUAAUAUUAAAUAACAGAAUUUUAAAAAGAAAUUACUGAACAACCUUGUCUAUGGAUAAAUGUGUAGUUAUAAUUCAAGGAGUAGCUAAGUUAACCAGACUGCCUUCAGGGUGCAGUAGCGGAAAAGCCCAUAUAUACAUUUAUGCUCAAAAGCACAUCAGACAUUUUUCAUAAUUCGUGAAACUAUAACCUUGAUGAAAAUAUUUUAGCACAUUAGGCAAUAUUUGAAAAUUCAGAAGAGGUGCUCAGAUGGCCCCUUGGAAUUCUCUACCCUUUGAGCACAGUUUUGGGGCACCCUCCAGGAACAGAAUCUGCAAACUACAAGCCUCCCAUUGCUGUCUAUGGCAGAUGGCUUUCCAUAGACGCUUGGAUUAUUUUCUCAUCCUGCUGCUAAAAAUGGAAAAUGUUGGUUUAUAUGCAUGAAACUGCAUUGCUGGAUCAAAUCCAUGCCGUUUAGCAAACAUCUAACAGAAAAUACUGCAACAGCUUUCCCCUACGAAUAUACUGAUCAAAGCCAUCAAUACACUGAUCUGAGCAAAUCUACGUGUAACUGAACCCCCCCCCCCCCCGUUUCAGUGGAGUGAUCUUCUAAGUACCUAGAAUUACUGCCACAUCCUGAAUGGGUGCAGUUUCUACUCGUGUAAUUAAACACACUAAACUUGCUAUGCAGUCCCACUGAUGGCAAUUGAGUUUUCAAUAAGUAAGUGGUGUUAAAUUUAUAGGUGAUCUUUUUGAGUCAUAUUCUCUUAAAUCCUUUCAGCAGUUCAGUAUCCUAGUUUCUAUUCCUAAUGCAGUUUUUGGGGAAAUUCCAUUCAUAGAAUAGAGUAUGACUUAACUAGGCUUAACCAGCAUUUUACUAGGCUUUUCUAACAAAUAGACUUGGGAUGUGGGGGUUGCAUAAUUUACUUCUAGCUACUAAACUUUUUUGUUGCUAUAAAUGAGUGGUGUGCUACUACACCAAAAGAAUGUGAAAUGCAAUAUUUAAAUAGAAUCUUAUAUGUAAUAUUGAUUUACUGCGGUGGCUGAAAACGCUUUUCAUCUUAAGGGCCAGUCCUUUAUGGGCAACCUUUCAGGGGUCACAUGCCAAUGAUGGGUGUGGCUAGAGGCAAAAGUGGGCGGAGCAAUGAAUGUGACUAUUACCUUUUUACAGUAAGUUACAUUCCAGCCAUGCAAAAGACAGAGAUUUUUACACCCACCCUCAUCUCUCCACCCUCUAUCUAGGUCUGGCAUAGGCAAACUCGGCCCUCUAGAUAUUUUGGGACUACAACUCCCAUCAUCCCUAGCUUACAGGACCAGUGGUCAUGGGGUGAUGGUAGUUGUAGUCCCAAAACAUCUGGAGGGCCGAGUUUGCCUAUGCCUGAUCUAGGUAAACAAGAGGGAUCAUCACAGUUCACAGACACAUUCCAGCCAGUCGAAAGCACCCUGGAAGGUUGCAGAGCACAGCCAGCAAAGGGUAUGUGGCCCAAGCUGGAUAGAGGGGUCCAGAGAGCCGUGGGACUGUGGCUUCCCAACCAUGAUUUAUUAAUGUCAGCUAGAUCCACACAUGACAAUAUGAAGACUAGCAGAAAAGGAAGAGAACUCUCUUCAUCCCUGUCAACCUUUCUUCAUCUCCUUAGCUGGAUCUGAAGAAGGCCCAGAUCAAAUGCCUUGUGCAUAAACAUCCAAAUUUGCAACUAUGUGCAGAGACCUGUAAUGCAGGGUUUCACUGGAAUACUCUUUCAGAAACCCCAGUAUGGUUGGAGAUAGGAGAAGAUCCUAUAUUCAAGUAGAAUAUUAAAGAGAGACAGAUACAAACAUUAAAAUCAGUGCUUUUUUCUGGGGGUACACAGUACCGUAACAAUUUCCCCCCGGAUGUUAAAAGUGUGGUACCUACUGUAACAACUUCAUAGUGAGUAUGAGCACCUUUUUUAAAGAAACACACAAACUGAUUAAAAUAUAUUCAGUGAUAAAUACUAUGUAACAUCCAGUUGUGUCUGUCAACAAAUGGAGCAAACUUCCCUCACAAAACAAGACUUCUCCUUCCUUUCUUCUGCCCUACAGCCCACAGUAAUCACCUCAAAUCUGUUCUGAACAGUCUGAGAUCAAAAGCACAAUAUGAGUGCCAGUAACACCUCAACAAAAACCAUCCCAAGGAGUUGUGUUAAAAAAUAAUUGUAAUUCUUGUGAACAUAGAAUUAAAUGCUUUAGAUAAUUUAGUAGCACCUAUUUAUUUAACAGCAAUUCAGAAUAAUGUCUGUUUCUAAAUAUUUUAAUUCUUGGUUCAAGAAGCAACAUGCUAGCUGUGGUAAGGACAUUAUGAUGUGGAAGGAAAAGAGCUAAUAAUUAGGGUUCACAGAGCAUAUGGAAAUAACAUUAGGAAAGUCAACACUACUGGAUUAAUUCUAAAACAUCAUACCUAUUGGAAAGAAAGCCUACCACUGCAACAUUAAGGGCUUUAGCUAAUAGGUGCUUUUUAAAAAUCUCUGUCCAAGUCAGUAUAUACAUAUGAGUUUCCUAUUGCCAAUCCAUCACAGGAUUUCAGUUUCACAUUAAGAGUUGAUUUGCACUCUGUGUAAACCCCAUUUAUCAUGAUGACAGAAGCAAAAGACCUUCAUGGUUUGAAAUUCCUUCAUAACUUUUCAAAGACUGAUAUAAGAUGCUUGUAACACUUCAAAAAUUACUACGAAAAGAAUUAUUUAUUUUGCAAGGAAUGACUUAUGGUGAAUGAAUAGAUAUUUUCUAGUGGGACAAUAUUUUUCGUUUGGGGAGAAAUAGCUAUGAAAUGCAAGUGGUUGAAUAUAUUCUUUUAACCUGACAAAAAUAUGAGGCUAGGCUUAUGGCCCACCAGUAAUAAAAUCAAGACCAUCUGCCAUAUAGUAUAGACCAGGUAUUAUCUACCAAUGAAAUAUAGAAUCUAAGGAGUUAAGUCAGAAGAAUAUAUAUUCAUUUUCAAGGCUAUCCAGGGCAUCCACCUAACAAAGAAACUUACAAAUUCAGUGCUAGCGGAAUGGUACUGAAUGGAUAAACGUGGCAUACAGAAGGUUUCAACAAUGGUUUUCAAACUAUGUUUUGCAGAACCCUUGGGCAGCUGAAGAAGAAUCUUUGUGUAUUGUAGGACCCCGUGUCAUUUACACAGGGCAAUGUGAGGCCCCAAUAUGUCUAACUCAGAGCUUUCACCAAUCUGGGCCCCUCCAGAUGUUUCUGAAGUACAGCUCCCAUUAGCCCCAGCCAACAUAGUCUGGCUGUCCAAAACAUCUGGAGGGCAGCAAUUUUGCGGGUGUGUCUUCAAAAGCCAGUAGAAUGCCAAUACACAUGGGGUCUCAUGCAUUUCAGCAGUGAGUGUGUUCUAUAACAGUGGUGCUACCAGUAUAAAAAAACUUGGCCUCUGUGUGCCAGUAAUUAUCAGGCCAUGGCAAGGCCAGAACCUUGGAACCACUCACAUACAAUCUCUUAACGGGAUUCAGCCUCAAUUUGUUGGCACUCAUCCAGCCCACCACAGCAUCCAAGCACUGGUUCCGCUUGUGCAUAGCCUCUCCUGUCUCAGAUUAAACAGAGAAACAAAGUUAGGUGUCACCUACUGAUGAUACUGUGCCCCAAAUCUCAUGCUCAUUGCUCUCAGCAGCUUCAUAUCGAUGUUAAAUAGCACUGGGGAUAAAACAAUGCCUUGUGGUGCACCACAACUGCAUUGCCAAGGUGUAAAUACAUAGCCUUCUCUAAGAUUGACCAUGCAAGUAGGAACAGAACCACUGUAAAAUAGUACCUCUAACCCCCAACUCACAGAGACUGUCCAAUGGUGUCAAUAACUGCUGAGAGAUCUAGAAGAAGAAGAAACAGGGUCACACUCCUUCUUGUCUUUCCCCUGCAGAGCAAGCAAGGCCAAUUCCAUGCCAAAACCAAGCCUGAACCUAAAACUGGACAGGUCCAGACAGUUGGUUUCCUCCAAAAGCGCCUGCAGCUGAAUCACCAUGAUCCUCUUUGAGCAUCUUGGCUCAAAAUGGGGUAUUAGUGACUGGGAGAUAGUUGCCAAGUACCGCAGGGAAGGUCCCCCCCCCCAGGAACAAAUGUACCACAAACUCCUUCAAAGAUUCAUUAACCAACCCACCUGGCCACCCACCCACUGCCCCAGCCACUUCCAUGAAAACAGCCAAGAUAGGCAAGGGUCAAGAGGGCAAGUAAAGGAGGAACAACCAUAAAUCAUGGCUCCUGGUUGUUCCAGUUACAGCACCUCUAUCUACUGCGGAUGGAGCUACAGCAUACUUUGCCUAUUCCUGCAACCCAGUGCUGCUGCUGCUAAAAGAGAAGAGAAUGGCCAUUAGUCAUGGAUGGUGGGAACUAGUCUAACAAGUUCUGGAGGCACCACAUUGGUUAUCGCUGCACUAUAGAAGGAUGGGUAAAAUAAUGCAUUUAUUUGGGCCAAUCAGUGUUCACAAGCUAUUAGUGCUAGCAGUCAUUCAGCUUUAAUGCUUCUACAUGGUAUUUGGUGCUUUAAACGUUUGGGUGCUAAAAGGAGUUGUGUGGUGGGUUUAAAUCAUGUAUUGGAGGAGCUACAACAUUGCUAUGCUUGCCUUUGUUACUGUGUUUAUUAUUCCUUCAACAUUAUCAGCAAGUUGUUGAGUGAGGGGAAGAUAUUGGUUUGCCUAUACAUUUCUGCAAGCUGCAGGAUCCUUCCAGGAGGAUCAUAGAAUCACCUUGCCUUGCACAUCUGCUCACAUCUAAUCUAGUGGUAUGGUGUCCUAGUGCAGAGUGAUCUUUUAUUUUAUUAAUUCAGGGUAUUUAUGAAUCACACUUCCUCCAAAGCAGCAGUAACCACAAGAGCAAAAUAUAUCAAACAUCAAUAAAAACCAGUACAGGCUACAAAUUAAAUAACACAGGCGUUUUAAUAUGUCUAAUGUUCUUAUAGCCCUUGUAAGAAACUUUCUCCCUUGAAUCACUUGCUGCUUGAGAUACCAUUGGACAGGGUAGAGAAAGCUUGUGAACUUGUACAUUCUCAAAGUUUUUGUGCCGUCAGACGUAACUCCUGCAGUACAUAACAUGAAACUUCUCCUACCUUUGUAGAACUUCAGUGACCCCUGAGAUCAGUUCCAUUGCUUUUAGAAAAUAAAAAAGAAAGCCGUUUUGGUUUAAUUUGCAGCUGGAUCACAAGAUAGGCAGUUAUUGGAAGAUAGCUUUUUAAUGGUCAGGUUAUAUAAUACAGUCUGCAAGAAUUUAUAGCUUAUAGGUAGAGAGGCACUAUACUAAACAUUAUAAUUAGGACUAUUAAAGUGCUUGAUAACUUCAUUUGUUUUUCCUUCUCUGAUGAACUGAUAAAUGCCCCUUGGGUAAUGUUUGAGCACUUGGGGGGGGGAGAGAUUUUUGGUGUUUUGUUUUUCCUCUUUAUGGAAAAAAUAACAUAACUCCUAGGUAUUCUUGCUAAGCAGCAUCCAAAUCCCAAACAGUGCCAGAGGGGAGUUAUGAAAUAAAAAUGAAUGGUCUUAAAGGCGUUGGGAGUCUCUGGGGAAUAAAUGAUAGAAUUUUCUUAUAUUUCCUGUAUAUGCAGAUAACAAAUACAUUUAAUGCAAGAAGGAAAUAGAAUUUUAAUAGAAUUUUUAACUAAAGAUCUUGAAACAAAACUAGACAUACAUUUUAAUUGAAUUUCUGGCUCAAAUUACAGCAAACCAUUAUAAAUCAUUAGGAAUCAGUUUUAAAACUGCUUUCACUUUUAGCCGUAUUACAAACACAGAGGUAAGCUUUUACAGCUACAGAUAAGUGUUAAUAAAUUACCCGAAUUUCAAAAUUAAUGGCUGCCCGGCUGCUUUGGGGAGAUAUCAUUGUGUUUCAUGAAUAUUUUGAUUUUGUGAUUAGAUCAAAAUGCACUGAAUUCCUAAACAGUCAUAACUAAGGUCUGCUGAUCAUAAACUGUUCUUUUUUUAAUAAAUUAUAUUCCUCGCAAAUCUGCUGAUAUGGAAUAAUUAGAAAUUGGUUGCCUGCAUUUACUGUAAGAUUUGCAUGACUUUAGAUCUCCACCUACUGAUCUAGUGGCUGGCAGGAAAUGUACAUUUUGUACAUUUCUAAAUAUACCUUGCCUGCAGAGAUAAUGGUUUAUAUUGUGAUGUUAAGAAGGUUUUUAUUUGCAAAAAACAAAGCGGUGUCACUUGCCAGUUCUGGAAGACAUUGAUUAGGCUGUUUAUGUCAUUCCUAUUCAGAACUUAUUAUUUACAGCUUUUCUGUUUCCAUUCCUUUGUAAGCGAUAAUGAUCUGUCUCUUGUAAACUGCUUAAAGUGUGUCUAUUUUCCCUCUUUUUAGCAGGUCUUGAAAUACAUUUUAUAGAAAUGUGGGUAUAUUAACAUGGAAUGUAAAUGGUGCAAAAUGGAGCAUAUUAAUCGAACACGGUAUCUGUCAAUAUGAUCUUUGAGUGUUAUACAAAAUAUUUAGAGUUAGAGGGAAAUGGAAAUUGCUCAUCCAUUCUUCAGCAUGGAAUACUUGCUAUCUGAAUGUGACCCUAUGGAACAUGUAUAUGCUACAAUUAAAUGCACUUUACAUUUUAGAUGCUGUUCGUGUAACAUGCACAUAGUUAUUGUUUCCUGCGGAUUUCCUGCAAAGCAGAAAGCAUUGUCUGUUAUAUUGAAUCCACUACUUAGAACUUGGGGUUUUGGGCCAUGGUUUUUGAAUUGUUUUGAAUACUGAAACGUAUCGUGUAUGGCUUGUGUGUGUGUGUAUGUGAGACUAUGCACUUUCAACAGCACAGAAAAAGGCCAUUGUCUCCUUUGUGGUAGGCACAGAUGGUGGGAAUUUAUACAAGUUUAAUUACUAAAAUGUUUCUUCAUUGUCACGAGCCACUGUCAUCACUUCUAGGGCACUAUAGCCUUGAAGACACAUCAAGAUUCUAUUCUGGUGUGAUAAGCUAAAUGUAUCCUAAGCUUUACAAUUUGCUGUAUUCCACGUACUAGGAAAAUACAUUUUUGAAUUUUUCUGAUUAUUGGUGCCAUUACUCCCUACUCUUCCUACAUUUGCUGCUACCACCUACCAGUGGCGUGCAGUGAAAUUUUUUCCUAAGGGAACAGCUAGGGUCAGAGGCACCAGCUUGCGAGGGUGAUUGGGGGGCGUUGUGAGCGUGAGCAGCAUGCCUCCCUCCCUAAGCCAAGCAAAGGCUUCCCAGGCUUUGAGAAGGGGGUGCCAGGCCUCUGACAGCAUGCUGGACUUUGGGAAGUCGGUGGGAGGGCUCUUGGACUGAUCAGAACAUCGUGCCUCCAUCCCUAAGUCUGGCAGAAGCUUUCCAGGCUUUGGGAAGGAGGCUCCAGGGGAACAUUAAGGGGACUAGCCUAGUCUUCCUAGUCCACUGACUGCACGCCACUGCUACCUACUCUUGCUAAGCAGAACAGUCCCAACACUCCAGAGUGAACCCAGAAUAACCCCACAUACUUUCAAAAGGUUUGUACAAGAUUGCACAGGAGUAGUUGGUUUCUGGAAAACAGUCUAGCAGCGUAUCACAAGGGACAGUCCUAUUGCACUAUUGCAAUGUCAGCACUAGUGCCACCAUUUUCUUCUUGUUAGCGUGCCUUAGGGUGUGUUUUUAAGAAAGAAAAGGAGAAAAUGUGGAAGGUAGAUGCUGAACACCAGCUGCUCUACCGCCUGGCUAAGGUUCCUCUGCUGCUCUCAGAUACUAGAGAUGUAUCACAUUCCUUUCAGUCUAGCUUACGACUGUCAUCCUUUCUACUCUCAGCCCCAGGAAGAGCAGCUGGGAACUUUUAAGUCCCACAUAAAUACACUAGUGAGGGUGAAUGCAGAUGACCAUUUACCACACGGCAGCUUACCAGCUGAUAAUACUGACGCAGGUUUCUCCUGUUCUAGCACAUUCCUGGCCCCUUAGGAUGCAAAAUCUUAUGCUCCUCAUUCUUCUGAAUCAGGUGCCAAAGAAGCAAUAGCAUGCAGUGCUAUAGGAGUAUCUUUGCUGCCUGGCAAAGGUUGAACCAUAUCCACCCAACUUUAGAAGAUCAAUUCUAUUCUGCAGUAGACUGGAAAGCUGCCACCGGUAGCACAAUGAGCCAGCCAGAGCUUAUCCGGGAGUCAUGUUUACACAGGCUGUCAGCAGACAACAGCAGCCAGUGAUGGGUUAAACAGGCUGUAACUUUAUAGCCAGAUUUGCAAAGAGAUGAUGUAUUUGUGUGCCUUUAUCAAUUACCAUAGUCUUGAGCGGCAGAGCAACUCAAUAGAUGGGCUACUGUGGACCAAGCUUGCCAUUCUUGGUCCCAUCCAUUCCCACCAAAUGCAUUUGAUGCAAUCGCAUAAGGAUUAAUGAAGAUCUUCAGUUAUUACAUGCGUUUUAAUAUCAUCGUACCAAAUCCCAGGUCAGUAUGUGCUGAUUAAGCCCUUUGGGGACAAUGGCUUGAUUGCUUUUGCCUCUGCAUGCCAGUUUGCAAAAGCUUGUUACUAAAAGAACUAGGUAGCUUAUUCUCAUUUAAUAUCUUACCACUCUGUACAAACCUGGGUGAUGCGGACUGAGCUUAACAGAAGUAGAGUUUAGUAUUUUUGUUCUUCCCUUGCAUAUAGCCACAUGAUUCGUUUCAGAAUCCCCCUUACCCUUUAAGUUCUGAGGCAAGGGCACUUCCAGAUGAGUUUUUACUGUGAAAUACUUGCAUGUGGGUUUGUGUCUGGUUUUUUUCAUCAUCCACACAACAUCGCUGGCAUCGAAAUAUGACCUUCUAAACAUCUGCACAAUCAUAAUACCUAAAAACAACAACAACCCCCAAUCCACUUUUCAUUUCAACCUUCACAGUGUGAGCAAAAUUAUGAGUAGCUCAAGAAAGUUUGGAGUCCCAGAAAAGGCCAUCCAUGAUCAUGAACUAUUGAAAAUAGCUUUCCUGAUAUUGCAUCCAUCUGGUAGUGAAGCCUAUGAGAACAAUCCUUUAAAAAUUCUUACCUGCUUAAAUUCCUGGUUGCAAUUCCACAGGACACUAAAUAACCUUUUAAAUCUAUCUUGACAUAGGCACUGUGAGUUUGUUUAUUUGUUUUCAUUUGCAAGCAUUAAGGGCAUGAGAAAUAGGACUGUGAAGAAAGGCGCCCUUAGGCAAGGUUCCUUAAAUGCAAAGACCAUUUAAGUCUGACAUCACAUCCAUGCCAUACAUUUAGGGUGGAACCUCGGGUUACCUACCAUCCUUCUUAUGGAUGCUUCGGGUAACGAGCUCCGCUAACCCGGAAGUAGAUGCUCCUGGUUGCGAACUUUGCCCCAGGAUGUGAGCGGAAGUCGCGUGCUGGCAGCGGAAAGCCCAUUAGCGAAGGGGCCACUAGGGGCGCAUCAGAAGAUGGCUGACAAUAACAUCUCUCCGACCCACACAAGGUAAUUUGGAGGCUGUGAUGGGAGUAAAUAGCCUCCCUACCCCCCCCCAGGAUUGUGGGGGGGGACUGCCCUUGCCUGCUGUGCCCUAUACCACCCCCGAAUUUGUGGGGAUGGGGGCACUAGGCACAAUGCCCUCCUGUGGGAUUUCGGCGCUCCUGGACGCCGUCUCUGAUCCGCGCCACUAGCUGCAAGAACUUCAAAAGAAACAAUUUGGAUGAAGCGAAUGCACAUAUUUCAAGGAAGGAGGGGGAGUAAAGACUGCUAACAGAUCUCUGAUAAAACAAGACGAGUCGGAGGAACAAGUAUAAAUCAUGAGAAGAUACGCCAAGACUCGGUAUGGCAAAGGGACUGAUGGGGGAGGGGGGAAAAACUUUCCUUUCUUUCCUUUAUGUGAUUAAACAAGAAUCCCCCCCCCUCACAAGUCAGAAAUGUCGUUUUAAGGACUUAAGCUGUGGAUUUAAGGCUGUGUGGAGAUAAACUUUCGAACCAAAGCAUGUUUUAAGAAGAGCAUGGAAUGUAUAAGGGCUUUGGAAUGACGCGGUUAAAAAUACCGUCACCAUAUUGGGAAGUUCUGUCGGAGGACUUAAGUCUGGGAGGAGAAAUAGAGAAAUAGAGCUGUUUUUAUAUUGUGGGUGAAACUCCUCAGAGGGACUUAAGAACGACAGUUCUGUAAUUAAUGAUGGAAAGAGCGAUGUUAUCUAUGAAGGCGAUGAUAUAUGGAAACCAUCUCGAUUUGAGGAUUGGAAGAACGGAAAAAUUCACACAGGAUUAUUAUUGGUGUUUAUCGCCUUAAGGAGAUUAUCAGAAGAGAUCAUAAAGAAAAAAGAGAAAAUAUAUGAACAAGAUGUGAUGUGGAAACAGCAAGAUAAGACUGGAUAGAAUUAUGAACUUUGUUUGGACUGAUUUGGACAUUAACGCAGUAGCAAGAAGAUGAUCAGAAUCCCCUUUCGGAUCUUGAAAUAUGGGUCCCCUCAACAAAAUUUAAAAUUCGGCUUUGUAAUUCGGAAUUUAUGUGAUGUGAUUUGAUUUGAUUUGAUUGGCCGGUUAAUAAAAAUUAUUUCAAAAAAAAAAAAAGGAAAGCCCAUUAGCGAAAGCAUGCCUCGUGUUAAGAACGGUUUUGGGUUAAGAAUGGACCUCCAGAACGAAUUAAGGUCGUAACCUGAGGUACCACUGUAAAGCACAUGGCUUUCCGCAAAGAAUCCUGGGGACUGUGGUUUGUUAAGAGCGUUGGCAGAGCCGGCACAGUCAUUAGGUGCGGUGAGGCCGCUGCCUCAAGUGGUAGAACUCUGUACCAGAGUGUGGUUUUGCUUCUUUUCUCCUCCCUCCCAAUCUGUUUUCCUUUUGUGUGAUGUCUUUUAGGUCGGAAGUUUGAAGCCAACCUUAUUAUUGAUCUCUAUAAGCUACUCUGGAAGUAAUUUUCAGCUGAAUAGUGUGGUAAAAAUAUUUCAGAUGAAUAAAUAAGCAAAUAAUUUUUACUUGGCCUGAGAAAGUCAGGCCUUGAAGGACUCCACAUACAAAAGUUGCUAACAACUAAUAAGAUGGAGUUGUUAUGGUUUCUUGCACGAUUGACUUAACUGGUUUUUUGCAGUUAUGUUUUGAUGGCUUGUUUAAUGGCUUGUUAUUUAGUAUCUUGAUCUUUAGGCCUAAUUGCUUUAUUAUGAAUUUUUAAUGCAUCCUUUUAUUUUUUAAGAUACUGUAGAUUAAUUGUUUUUGCUAUUGAUUUUUGUACUACUGAUAAUUUUUGUCAUUUUUUGCAUAAACGGCCUUGAAUGUUAUAUAUGGAAAGGUUGUAUAUAAAUAGCACUGACCUUGGUAUUGACUGCACUGAAACGACUCACACAAAUUGGACUUGCCUACAUUGACAUGCACACGGCCAUCCAUUUUGAAUCAAGUUACAGAAAACCAGCUGUUAAUGUCUAAAAGAACCUGGUGCCCUAGACUACAGCUUCCAAUGGCCCAGCCAGCAUGAUCAUGGAUGCUGGACAUUAUAGUCCAACACAUCCAAAGGACAUAAGGUUGAGGAAGGCUGAGGUCUAAAGGGAUUAGCAUCAAGGUCAAAGUAGGUUUUAAACUCAGGUUAAAGAAAUUUUAGGCACACACAAAUGAAACUAUUCUUAUUUUCAGCCUCACCUGUGAAAACACCCUGAGAUAGCAGGUGCUCAAAGAAUUAGAAAAAUAUGGCAAUAGAACAGUAAUAGCCUAGAUGUUGUUGGACUCCCAUCUGCCCCAGUCAACACACUGAGAACACCAUUUCAGAACCACUGCAACAGAGAGUCAAGUCCACUUGAGAUUGCUGUGAUUGUGGUAUGUCUGUGAGUUUUGUAUUAUGCUUUCACAGAUAUCUCACUCUCUGUAUUGCUGUUGCAUUUAGUACAAUGUUUGCAAUAACAACAAAUACUUAAUGGCAAUAACAAAUCCAAUGAAAAAUUGCCGAUCCAGCCCAUGACAUAACAGUCUCAGAUCAUUGCUCUGUGUCAAAGGUCCACUCCACCUUCUUAUGUCCCAUGAAAAAUAAUGGAGGAAAUCAGGAGUGGUUUCUAAUAAAGCAAAUGGAUUAACACUUUCCAUUGGAUAUCUUAUCAGUGCAGAUUGUAUCCAACUAAUUGAUAUCUAAAUUGCAAAUUAAAGUGAUUUGUGCAGAGGCCAUUGUAAGAAGAUUGUGAUUAUAACAAUCUCUUCUUUUUGCUGUGGUUUAAUGGUUCAAGGCAAAAGUGAUACCAUAUUCUCUAUGGGAAGCACCCAAAUGCAAACUAGCAGCUCAUUCCAAGCCCACUGGCAGUGUCAGAUGCCAAAACUGCACAUGUGACCACUGUUCCCCCCCUUUCUUAAAACACAGAAAAAACUGAAGUUGAUUUAAAAUAAAACCUUGAGUGUUUUCUAUGGGAGAUGCUUGUCGUUCUGAAGCUAUUCACCAAUACGCCCAUCCAUAUAUGUUUCAAGCAGUGCUAAAAAAAUGGAUUUCUCCCACUGAGAUAAUGGGGGGGGUCUGCCUUUUAGACAUUAGAUUUUGCUGAGAGGAGUUUGCAUUUCUUUUUUUCCUUUGAAAAUGCCCUGUAUGUGGAUGUGUGUUUUACAAGAGAUGAUUUUUAAAAGUGAUAAAAUCUCUUGCUCAUUAUGUCUGUAUAGAUCCUGUUGUUUUUUAUAAUCUUUAAAUCUAAAUGGAGCCUCCCAAGUUUGUUGAUGUCAGAAUACUCCAUUGAUUUAAUCCAUUAUUUAAAUACAGCUAAUUUGUAAUACAGGUAAACAAAACAAAAUGCAAAGCUGGUGGGGGGCAUUAAUUUGUAUUGUUACAUGCCACCCCAAUCUCUGAGUGGUGCAAGAUUCCAGGAGUUCCAGGCACUUACCCAGGGUUUGUGUUUCCUCAGAAUGAGGCACAGCGGAAACUGUGGUGUCUUUAUGAUAUAUGGUUUAUUUACACAUAUAUGCAACCUGGGCCUACCUGCUGAAUGAGGUUGAGGACUAGGGCCUUUCCAGUUGUGGCACCAUAACUAUGGACUACCCUCCCUAGAUGCUUUUGGCUUCAGGAGGCAGGCUAAAUCUAAGUUAUUUUGCAAGGCCUUUGUGUUAAAUUGAUGCUGGCUCUUCAUUCCUUAUCACUAACUUUGCUUUUUUUGGCCACUUUUGAUUAGCUUGUCUGGCCUUCCGUUAUUGUUCCAUUUUAUCGAUCCUGCUGUUCUUGGUUGUCUUCUGUCAUGGAAGACUCCUGACUUAAUCACAUGCUACCUAGUGAUUAAAUUAAACUGUAACAAUGGGUCAUGCACUUUGGUGGGGAGAGUUUCUGCAGAGCUAAGACCUACCAGUUCACACCAGCCACAGCAAAAUAUGUGGACGUGUCUUUCUUCUUUCUUUUUUGUUCCCUCCCAUUAACUCCAAUAUUAGGGGACUAAGGAAGUCUAGGGUCCUGCAGAUUCUUGGCUGCCUCAGCCCCAUCACUCUGUUUUUAGGCCCAUUUCCUGUAGAACAUCACCAGUGGGGCAGCCAUGGUGGUAGAAAGCUGCACCAUCAACUAGGGAAGAUCUUAGGCAUAUGACUUCUUUCUUCAUAGCUUGAUCUCCCUUUCGGCCUAUAGAGUGGGAGGUCUACAUUAUCCUAGGGUCCCUGUUGACACCUAUCCCCAAGCCACAAGUAGUUGCACUCUUAGGUGUUGUUUUACAAAAUAAAGGAGGGUGACCAAGAUGAUAAAGGGUCUUGAAACCAAGCCUUAUGAGGAACGGUUGAGGGAAAUUGGUAUGUUUAGCCUCGUAAAGAAGAGACUGAGAGGAGAUAUAAUAACCAUAUUCAAAUACCUAAAAGUCUGUCACAUGGAGGAUGGCGCAAGCUUGUUUUAUCCUGCUCUAGAUGCUAGGACCCGAUUCCUGCUAAACAUCAGGAAGACCUUUCUGACAGAAAGAACUGUUCAGCCGUGGAAUGGACUUCCUUGAAAGGUAAUGGACUGCCCUUCAUUGGAAGUUUUUAAGCAGAAGGUGGAUGGCCAUCUGUCGUGUAUGAUUGAGUUGAGAUUCCUGCAUUGCAGGGCAUUGGACUAGAUGACCCUCAGGGUCGCUUCCAACUCUACAGUUCUAUGAUUCAAUUGUUCUAUGAUUAUCAUCUGAUAUGAUAUAGCUCCAUAAAAUAAGACUUUACAUAUAGCAAAGACCCAGAGAAACAAGGUUGGCAUCUUCAUCACACACCAAUCAACAUUAACCCUGCCUUCAAGAACUUCCUCGCCUUGUGAGCUGCUUCCUUAAGUAUGUCCAUCUUGAUAAAAUGCAGCAGUGGUUGUACCAGUGAGCACUGUCUAAUUAAGGCAAUCCAUACUAAUUGUAGUUAUGUGUAUCCAGUCGCCUAAUUUAUGACGUUCCUGACACCGCACAGCUACAGAAUGGAAAAACAUAGUAAUGUAAGAUACACUACUAGGAGAAAAAUCUGAGGGAACAUAUUUUUAAAUGCAAGGUCUGAGUGCUGAUUGACAUGCUUUGUAUGAUAGUAAAAUCUGGCAGGUGCAUUAACUUGCAUUCCUCUGAUCUGUACACAUCCGCACUUGUCUUCUUAGGGUACUUGGUAAUAAGCUUCUUUAAAGAUCCCUGAGUAAGCACUGAAGAUAAUAUCUGGAGUAUGUAGCACUCAGUCCUUUUAGAAUGGCUUUUUCCUGCUCCUUUCGUUUUCUUAAGAAAAUGUCAGUUUAAUCAUAUCUUAAUGCUUUGAUAAUGCGUUUCUUUACAUAGCUGUAGAACACUCACUUCAGUGUUUUAAAAGAAUUAAUGUAGAUGUUAAAAAAUGCUGGCUAAAUGAGAUUUCUUUCCAACAGGCUAAUAAAACUGGAGCACAAGCCUUUGCCAACUCAAAAAACAUUGACACAGUGACACAAAUAUGGGAUGCGCUUGUUGGCUUUGUGUGCAGCCAUGUGUGGUAGCCUCACAUAAUCCAUGCAUUGGUCAUCGUUUUAUCGAACGGUGCAGAUCAGUACAUAAGUUUGCAUCCGUUGGACCAAACGCUAAUCUGCUGGGUUAGCAAGCAAGUAUCUAGCCUGGGGCAUCCUAUUAUGAGAUCUAUAGCACUACACUUGAUCCAGAACAUUAUGCUAUCACAGCAGCAGAUGCAAUGGUGGUGGCCAUCAUUCUGAUGCAUUGCAUAACAGUACCAUGGGAAGUUGCAAAUAUUAACUCCAUGAGUGCCUAUAUGACACCACUUCCCCCUCCUCAUACUGGUACCAUUACCUCUUCAUUUUCUCCCUUCCCUCCCUUUGUUGUCUCACAUCUGUCAAAACACACUGCAGGCAUUCCUGGCUCACAGCCUGGGUGCAGUGCCCCAGUAGAACCCUCAGCCAACGCUGUCGGCAUCCGGGGGUCAAAAGGCCAGCUGGCUAGGCCCCAGCAGGAUCGUAUCCCUCUCAGCCUUCAUGUUGCGGAGAUUCAUCAACCUCUGGCUCCGACUUAAAUCAGUGACUCAAGCUAGCUGACUUGAGCACAUUGUAUGUAGCAGAGUAAACUGCACAACAGAAGAGGCUUGAGGCUGUGGAUAUAUACUAAAACUACGGAUUUAUUUUUCAUAAAUCAGAACAAAGAAGCGUGUCGUCUCUCCUUGCAAUCUUCUCGGAGAGAGUCGAAAACAAAAGCAAUACACAGAGUAGAAGUUCUGUUCACAGGACCCAGCAGUCUGUGCUGGAAUGUAAACAGACAUGUGACACACAACGAUGCCAUGUCUGCAACAAAAGGUGGAAUGGAAAUUUCCAACAUCUGUAUAGGACAUUUCACAUUAACCCUCACAUCCUUAAACAGUUGCAACAACCAUUCACAAUCCAAAAGUGAUAUGACAGUGCACUGAGUUCAGCUUCACAAGAACUUAGGCUCACUGUUGUUUGCUUCUUGUACAACCAGUCAAAUAGACACUGGUUGUACAUGUAGCACACCCUGGAAGUGUUUGUGCCAUCUGUGGUGUCACUUCCAAAACUUGCAUUGGCCUAAGCUGUCUUUUAACCUGUCCUUUAAUAUGAUGACUGUUGGACAACUUGGUCCGAGAGCCACCAUUGUAUUUUCCCACAAUGCCCCUAAUAUUAUUACAUCAUUCAGGGGCAUUGCGGGAAAUUUUAAUGGCAGAUGCAUCAGAGUGCUGUUAUUGCCCACCAAUGCUUAUGACAGGUAAGACGACAGUGCCAGGAGGGCUUGAUGGUGCAAGACUGGGUCUCCCCGAGAGCUGUUGGCAAAGCACCCCCUACCCACAAUGUAGAGCCAGUCCUCAUAAAUGGUAAACUACUCAGGACAGAACUCAAGAAAGGGAUCAGAAAUGGAUCCAGAAGUGGAUCAGAAAGGGAGCAAAAUCCUAUCUGUCAAGUGCUGUAUGCUGAUGCACAAUAGAACUGGUGGCAUCCUAGAUGCAUUUUCAUUUAUUCGCUGCUGUCUGUACUGCAUGAUAAGACUGUAAACUGCAAGUAGCCUAUCCAAACCCCUUGCUGGGGCACAGUAUUAUUGUACUUAGCAAGUAUAGCUAUGGCAUAAGACAUUGGAAGUUUGCACCCCUUAAAGAAUUUGGGUGUGUGUGUCAGAUUUCAGAAAAGAUUAAUUAUUAAAUGACAACAGUGAGAUUCCAGUUUGGAAAGAAAGCCUUUGUGCUCUCCAAACCAAGAAUAUAUAUAUAUUAUACUGAAAUGAACCGCACUAGGUAGGUGGACAUUUUGAGGAACACAUUCCUUAAAUUGUCUCUUAAUCACAAAUCAUGGGAAGCUGCAAUCAAGGAAAAAAUAUUGAUCACCCAAAUGCAUUGUGCGAAAAAGCAUUGGUAUAUAAAAGAACACACUGUUUAUAACACACUGUUUAUAAUUUACAUUGGUAUAUAAGAGAACAUCAACCCAUCUAAAAGUUAGAAUUUAAUUCUGGCCACCUUUUUGAAUAAUUACAUUUUCAGCAAAAGGUAGAUCUCACACACAUGGUGUAUAGUCUGUUGAGAAUCAUUCUAAUCCAUGUACUUUUCACAUUUCACUUACUAAUUGGGGAACAAAUAGAGCCAUUUAAAUGCAGUGAAAGUCAGCUAAAAGUAUUGCUUGUAUGAGAUGCCAGUCUAUUUAUUUUUUGUCAUACAGACCCCUCUAUCAUAACGUACUUCCUUACCCUUUGUUCGUGGCAUAUUUUAGCACAAAAUAAAUUCAGAUGACUAAAUACAUCCCCCACCAUUCAGUGUCAUUUUAAGUCCCUGUACAGAUUGUUCCUACUGAACAUUCCCUCCCCCAACAUAACUUUGAGCUCAAACCCAUGGCCCUGAGAUUAAGAGUUCCGUGUUCUAUUGACUGAGCUAUCCCAGUUUGAUCAGAAUAUUAUUGAAGUGUUUCACCAGCGCACUUCAUAAUGUGUUCAGACAUUCUGCUUUAAUUUUGACAGACGAGGGUGUUUCAGAAAUCCAGUAAUGUUUCAGGUUUGGUUUUACACAGCUACGCCAGACCCUGUUGCGCCUUUCUGGGGCCAUGAUAGGCCUUGCGGUCUCCCUCUGGUUGUGUGACGUCACACGGGCAUGUCACAUUUGUGACGUCACGCACGCUGGGCCCCCUAAAGUUGGGUGGAACCCGUCACCUGUGGCAGCCAUGACUCCUCUGUUCACUGCUAUGGAUACAGCUUUAAAAGGACAAGCAGUGAGCGAUACAGGCACCUGUCUUUCACAGUUGAUGUAGCCUGCCUGUAUUUUUUUUAUUUAUUUUUUAUUAAUUUUUUUUGCAUUGGGUCAUCUGUACCUACAUCUUGGCUGCCCUGGAUUUGGGUGAAUUGUGCCCACAGGAUUGGAGUGAACAAGGUAAUCCAAUUUAGAAGGGAUGGCUUCGUCGUUAAAGAAAGGUUCUCUACCCCCUUGGCUGUCAUCACAAUGGAAAGUUUAAAAAUGAAGUGCCAAACAAGCAGGCAUUAAACCACACACGCAAAAAUCACAAUGUUUCCUUUUGCCAAUUUAAUCAGCCCGAUCAGAUUCAAAAUAUCACUUGCUUUAUUGGAGGGGAUGGUUAUACUGAGAUAGCAAACUGAAAACAUAAAUUAUAGAUACACUUUCUCUCCCCCCCCCCCCAGCGCCUGAUUGCUCAUUUCCACUUAGAUGCAAGACUUGCUACCUCAAAGCCCGUGAUUAUUGCAAAUUGCUGCAGUGUCACAAUCGCAGCCUCAUUUAGUUUCUUCUCUUUAAAAAAAAUUGUUGAGCUUUUGAACUACUAAUAUUAACUCGUAUUUUCUUGUCUCCUUGCAACAAUUAUUCAAUCAGGUUUUCUAUUGUGAAGGAUGGAAGAUAAAUUCCUCCAUAGCCUGAACAACUAUAGUGUCAUGCAUGAACAGCUCAAUCUUUGCCUGCCUCUCUCUCUCUCUCUCUCUCUCUCUCUCUCUCUCUCUCUCUCUUUUACUACAAAUAAAAUUGUGUGUUCUUAAAUAAUCACCAGAUAAAGGUUUCUUCUAGCAAUGUUGCCUGAUGAUGAAACAAAUGGCUUUAUGGGAAAAUUAAUAGUGUGAGCUUGUCCCUCUGUCUCUUUUCCUUUUGUUCUGCAUCACAUUUUAAUAAGAUGCACUUAUUGGUUAAAAUCGAGGACCUCAAGUUCUGUUUCCGGUUCUCAUCCUUUUUCUGCAUUGCAUGGGAGGACAGAUGAUAGAAAGAGAUCUACAAAAUCUCAGGGCAUGAGUGCUGUAGCUCUCCUACAUCUUUCCAAGUAACUGGUAUUUAGAGACAUGCUGCCUCUGAUAAUGGAGCUUAGUACAUAGCCAUCUUGAGCCCAAUCUUAUAUGAAUAUGUAUAUAGGAUUGCAGCCUAUCCCAUACAUAAUUACCUGGGGAUUAAGCCCCCUUGAAUUCAAUGGAUCUCACUUUGGAGUAAAUAUGUGCAGGAUUGCAGGGUUCGGUUUUGAAUGACGGAUGUCACAAAGGCAUUCACAAACAGCACAUUCAGGGAAAGAAGAGUCAAAUGGAGUCCCCAGUGAACACCCCCCUCCCCCAAUAAUGUACGUAGGUUAAAGACAAAUCUUUGUCCUAAAUAUCUCUGGAACGAAAAAGUAUGGGGGGGGGAAUCUCUGGACACCUGAGUAAUGUCAAAAUAAGCUGGGAUCUUCACUUGGAUGGUGGGAGUUAGAAUGGCACUUUUUGAAUGUGGAGUGCAUUCAGUCUUUGCAGCAUAAUUCAAAUUGGACAUGUAAUUCAGGUCCUGGAAUUAACCCACUCAACCAAAGCUUGAAAAGAUUUAGAUUUACCCAGUCUACCUCUAAUACAAUAAUGUCUUACAGUCACACAACCAUCCUGGUUUGUGGUGAUAUAGCCAAACACACUGUAAUCUGUCAUUCUAAAACUUACUGUGGAUAAUUGUUAAAAAAAGGAGUUCUGUAACAAUCCUUGUGGGGUUUGUCUGGCUGAAAUAUACAAAACCCCAUACUUUUAAAUAAAGACAUUAUUAUUGUUAGUAGUAGUAGUAGUAGUAGAAGUAUUUUAAAAAACAGCUCUUUUAAGCACUUUGAAAAUUACUCUCCUGAAAUGAUCUUUUCCCCUCAUCUUUAGACUGUCAAGAAGUACGGUAUGUUUGCAACAAAAUCCUAGUAUUUUAUUAUUUUGGCUAGGAUGGAAAGGGGUGAAUAUGCACAGUAUUCUAAUUAUUCAUAGUUAACCUCGGAAUGCUUGAGCCGCCAUUUAGUUGUCUGGGAUUGUUUCAAAGGGGAUUUGGCUCUGACCAUAGGAGGAGGAAUAUAUUUCCGGAAACCAUAAUGGUGUUUCCUUAUUGUUAGCGACACUGCUGAUUAAGGGGAUUGUUAUGAACACUGGAUGGAAUUUGGGCCAAUGUGACAUGGUCUAAUUCAGCAGCCAUGCAAAGCAACCUCAAAAUGCAAAAUGGGCUUUAUUUAAAUUGGGAUGGGAGAACCUGUGGCUCCUAAUUAGGCCUACAAGCCUUCCCCAUUUGGCCCAUAAGGCCAUUUCAAGUCACACCCAGCCACAUAUAUGACUUCAGGUUUGUGGCAACUAAAAACCUGGCUCAGCUGAAAGGUGUUAGUAGGAACCAUGAAUCACAUGAUUCCUGAUGCCUGCAAAGUACUUUCAGAAAACAGCAAAUUGAAAGGGGUUUCUGAAGUUAACAAAAAGGUAAUCUGGUGUCAUUUUGAGGCCAGGUGAUUGGCAGGUGGGCAGCUCAAAACUUUACCUGCAAGCGGUGGGGGAGGUCUAGUUUCCUACCCCUGAUUUAAUACACUAUUUUCCUCCUUUAUUCAGGGCAAAAUAAAUAUAAACACGACCUGAGGAAGGGGGAAAAUCCUAAGAACAGGUGAAAUGCACGGAAGCCUUAAAAUCAGGGUAGUACACAUAGGAUGAUAUGUAAAAACUGGGACCCAGACAUGCAGGUGUUAAGGUGUUAAGCAAUGAUUUUUCUUUGUGACAAAAUAUAUCGCUAUGAGGAGCCUGUAAGGAAAUUAGUCUAAAUCAUUAAUAACCAUUACAUUCUUGCAAAUCUGCUAUAAAACACCCAAAAUAAAUACACUCUAUCUUAUAAAUAAAAAUGCUUUAACAUUAAGGCAGGAGAUACAAUACCCUUUUCUUUAAAAAUUUAAAAAAACCUAUGCAAAACAUUAUAAUCUUACCUUUAUAUGGCUUUCUGCUUUCUCUCUUUUAAAACAUUUAUUAAGCAGAAAGACCUCAGUGACAUGUAAAUUUCAUUUUCUAUGCCUGGCAGAUUAAAAUACAUCAGCUUCAGACAUCAUUCAGCAAAGAAAUAAUUUGAAUAGUUCAUUUUAUUAGAAAAAAGAUUUAUGUCAGCAUUUGACUGUGACAUGAGAGGAACUAGGGGCACCCGUACAAUGUUAAAAACAGAUUUUCCAUAAAAAGUAGCUGCACUAAAAAAAAUAAUGUGAUUCAUCAUUGAACAGGUUAACUGCUAAUGUUGUGAACAACACCUCGGUUAUUCUCAGUUCACUCUCAGUACCUGCCACAAUUGAUUUACUCAGGGCUUCAUAUUCCUAUUUCUUUAUGUCCUUGGUCACCUACAACAGGUAUGUACAAGGGACAGUGCAACCCAUGAGGCAGCCUGGUCACAAGCCAAGAAGAGCCUCUUGGAUCAAGCAACUCACUGGGGGAGUGGCAAUUUUCUAUCAUUCAUUCAUUUGUGAUUCAUCAUGCUAUAACACUCUUUCACCUAAGUGGUACUCUUAUUUUUAAAAAUACAGGGUGGGGGAGCAUUUUACUACUAAUAAAAUAUUGUUUGACAACAACAACCAACCACCAGAGGGAUAAAAUAGUGCUCUUUGCAAAAGCUGUUUAGAACUCUGUGCUGAAAGGUUCAUCACACUUUUUAAAAUACAGGAGCAGUUUACUCAGCAGGCCAGAGUGUCUCAAUUGUAGCAUCCCUGCUAUGUCUGGCAUACCCAAACCUUUUAACAGUCCCCAAAGACACGCCAACAACACCAACAGUAACACAUAUCCAUUUGGGUGACGUAUCUAAAUCAUCUUUCCCCGAUCCCUAACUUAUGCCAUGACAACCAUGCAUAUCAAAUCAGCCUGCACCUUCCCACAUUCAUAUAACCUUUCAAUGUGAAUGGUUAUCAGCUUGUGGUAACAUGCAGGCAGGCUUUUUGGGUGGGGGUGCCUGUAUUGUGGAAUGCCCUCCUUGCUAAAAUACAAGAGCCCCAUCGGUACUGGCACUCUGUUGGUUCUUGAUGGUACACCUAUUUAGGCAAGCUUUCCUCUGAACUUGCUCUUUUAACUGUUUUAAUUACUACAGUUUUUAACAAGAUUGCUUUUUCUGUAUCUUAUAAAUAGUAAUAGUAUCCUCAGACUUUAAAUGCCUUUUAAAAAAAUACAAAUAAACAGGUUCAGCUGGGAUAGCUCAGUUGCCAGAACACGAGACUCUUAAUCUCAGGUUCAUAGUUUUGAGCCCCAUGUUGGGCAAGAGAUUCCUGCAUUGCAGGGGCUAGACUAGAGCAGUGUUUCCCAACCAGAGGCCCUGGGGCACCCCAGGAUAUUCAAAGGCGGCCACAGUUGAAAAAUGUGCAAAUGAGGAGCCAUAGCAUGAGACCAUAGCUGUCAACUUUUCCCUUUUCUUGCGAGGAAUCCUAUUUGGAAUAAGGGAAUUUCCCUUUAAAAAAGUGGAACGUUGACAGCUAUGCAUGGGACUAGGGGGCCACAGAGGGAAGUGAGAAGUGAAAGGGGGGAAAUCAUCAUUUUUUUAUUUAAAUCCUGGUUGGAUGGCUAUCCACUCGGCCAAUCACAAGUGGGCAAGGGGGCAGCCCACCAGGGCCUAGCACUCCUUUUUGCCCCGUGCAUUUUCUUGGAGCAGUCCUGGUUUGUUUCUGGCGGGAGACAGUAAACGCUGAUGUUCCUGUUUUGACCAGUAGAGCCUGUGAUCCAGAACCCCCAGGUCAGGUAAGUGCGGUGGUGGCAUGGCAGUGGGUAGGGCUGGGAGAGCCAGAGCUGCUUGUUGCUGCCACCAGUGCUGGGCCUGGUGGAACCCUGAGCCUGACUCUGCAAGGCGCAGGGUGCAAUCCACUCCAGCGCCUAGUGGAUCAGGGCCUUCGGAUGUUGCCAAGGGGUGCAGAGCCUGUCAGCAGCAUCGGCCUGGCACUGCAAAGCGGGAUGAAACCCACCCCAUUGCGUGGCCAAGUGGGGUCAUCUGGUGCUGCUUUCAUCUAAGGGUCUACUCAGAAGAAAGGGGCGCGGGUGGCGCUGUGGGUUAAACCACAGAGCCUAGGACUUGCCAAUCAGAAGUUCGGCGAUUCAAAUUCCUGCGACUGGGUGAGCUCCCAUUGCUCGGUCCCUGUUCCUGCCAACCUAGCAGUUCGAAAGCACGUCAAAGUGCAAGUAGAUAAAUAGGUACCGCUCUGGCGGGAAGGUAAACGGUGUUUCCGUGCGCUGCCCUGGUUCGCCAGAAGCGGCUUGGUCAUGCAGGCCACAUGACCUGGAAGCUGUACGCUGGCUCCCUCGGCCAAUAAAGCGAGAUGAGCGCCGCAACCCCAGAGUUGGUCAAGACUGGACCUAAUGGUCAGGGGUCCCUGUACCUUUACCUUACCCAGAAGAAAGCCGCACUGAGUUCAGUGGGCUUUACUCCCAGGUAAGGGUGUGUGGGACUAUAAUGUUUUAUCGAGGCAGCCAGGGCUCCUCCAGAUGACAAGCUCUUUUUGCACCAUGACAGUGAAAACCACUUGCUUUUUAAAAUUCUCCCAUAUAUACAGAACUCCCUGUGCACCUUUUGGACUGUAUCUGUAGGUUUCCCCCUUUGUGUCAAAUAACUGGGGUCAAAUUAGUGUUGUUUACUUUUAAUAAUACAUGGACGUUUGAUCUCCCUCGAAAGGUUCUGGACACUCCUUCCUUGGAGGUUUCUAAGCAGAGGUUGGGUGGCCAUCUGCCAUGGAUGUUUUAGCUGAGUUUCCGACAUUGCAGUGGUUGGUCUAGAUGACCAAUGGGAUCCCUCCCAGCUCUAUGAUUCUAUGUUUUUCUGCUUCAACAAUAUUUCAUUAUGUUCCUAUCAUUUUAUGUAAUUGUGUUCUGUAUAAAUUAUAAAAAAUAUAAAUAAAACAUUUUCUAUUUACAAACAAAACAUAACGGGGGACAUGGGCAUAGUCAGGAUUUUUGUUAGGGGGGCAGGCUUUUGUUAGGGGGUGCAAAACCUCAGAUUUGUAUUGAUAUUUGCUUAUUUGGGGGGCAGCUGCUCCCCUUGGCUAUGCCCAUGGGGGGCCACAGGAGAGAAACGAGGUCGAAAGGGGCCCACGGUCAGAAAAAGUUUGGGAAACACUGGACUAGAGGACCCUUGUGGUCCCUUCCAACUCUGUGAAUCUGUAACACAAAAACCUGCAAGAAGAUUUCAACAUGAGAACUCUCCCUCCUCUUUCUUGUUCUAAUGCAAUUUCCAUAUUUGUCUGAAACCAGCUCCUUGAAUUCAAAAGCUGGAUACCAACUAAGGGCUUAUCCACACUUAUCUUUCAUCUGCUCUUUCUAGGCAUGAUCCACAAUUUAAAGCUCUGUGUCUUGCGCUCUCUCUCUCUCUCCAGAGCUUUCCCUAUGAAAACCAACUCUUUAAAGCUCAGUUGGAGGAAACACCAAUUCAUGGAAAACCCGAAUUGAUACUUGCUCUGAUUCAGCUUUAAAGAACAGGUUUAUGCAUGGAAAACUCAAGACAAAAAAACAACGCUUGGACACAGAUUGUGGACCUCUGCCUGGGCGAAGGGUAAGUGUGAAUAAGCCCUUUGAUAUUCUUGGUAGCUGCUUCUUAGGCACAGACUACUCUCUGAAGAACUAGGCAAACCCAAAAUGUACGCAUCUCCCCAAAACAAUAAAUACGCCUUUUAUAUCUGUGCUGAAUUUCAAUAGCUGGGGCUAUGCUCAUAUGUAGGAAGAGUUUAGGAAUUUGGCUUUGGUAGCCCUCCUGAACUUUGGGAAUAGGCUCAACUAGACAACAAUCCAGUAGCGAUGGCCCCAGGCACAGUUCAGAUUCCACUGAUGGACUCACCCCAGUUAAACAAAAGAUUGGAUCCACUAGCCUAGGUCUUAUGCACAAAACCUCCACAGCCUAGGGAACAUGCAGUGGUAUUUGCCCUGCCCUCUUGAUUAAGUACCAUUCAUUUAUUAAAGGCUGUAAAGUCAGAGAGCCUAAAAGAAAGGAGAAAUCUUGGGGAGAUCUGAGGGUAAAAUGGCAUAUUUUUAUAAGUAGAAAGAUUAUUUGACUUUAGAGCUGUAAUAAUGAUAAUUUCUGUGACCAAAAGUGCCCCCUUAUGAUUAAUCAAUUAUGCAAACCAUCACCAUUUCAAAGCUAGUAAAGACUUAUUUAAUGACAUUUUUCAUGCAUCUCGUGUCUUUAAUAUAUUAUUAUCCCCCUUUAUCCUGACAGAGUUGUCCGCCGCAGAGCACCCGGCUCCCUUCUGCAGCUGGUGGAAUCAUUCGCUCGCAUUGGGAAACAAUUGUUUAUUUAGAAUAGAUUUUUCAAAACUGAUUGCUUUAGAAAAGCAGCUGACUGUCGCUGGGCAGUUGGAUUCUUCUCCAGCCUGGCAUACAUUUCCAGAGAAAUGCCUUACAAGACGGUGGUUUCUGUAUGAACAGUUGCCUAGGCUUGAUGUAAGAAAAUCAGCUUCCUUUUCUUUUUCUUCACCUGCUUUACUGCCCCAGGAAUGAUCUCAACUCAGCUUGGAGUUGAGUAUAUACAUAGGAAAAGAAGUCAUUUCAUCCUUUCUCAUUUCACUUCUGGGCAUCUUUUGGGCAGAGGACAGAAACAAUCUCAAGCCAAAGAUAUUCUCUUCUGAGCUGCAUUGUGCACUUUGCAAAUUGAGCAAAAAAGAGGGUCAGGUUCGUUUUUAGGGAGACGUUAAGGGCAGGCUGCUGUCCUGGCCAACGCUGCAUCGCAUGUGAGACAGAAGAACGUUUUAGAGAACAAAGCCUAUUUCACUUUAAAAAAUGAAAGAAUUGGCACCGGUUCCCUUUUGCUAAAAAUAAUGACAUGGAAUUUUGGUGAUUUUCAUGUCCAGGCACUUCACAGGUAAUAGAAGGGAGCUGCACUCAAGACAGAAAGCUGGCAGGAAGAGGUGCCAUAACUCCUUUGUACACCUCUCCUUAUUUUCACAGAAAACCUUCCUCGCUUUCCCUUUCGUCCAACAGUGCUGAACAAAACAAGUUCCAGACAAAAAAAAGGUCUAUACACUAUUCAAGAACUAGCUUGGAGGGACCUCUGUUUAAACUAUAGAUUGUCAGUUGUGAAUACAGAUCAUAGUGAGCUUUUUUAAAAUUUUGAUUCCUCUGGUUCCGUUUGUCAAUAAGGACCCCAUAUUUUAUACAGAGGGGUAUAUUAAAAAGCAACUGAGAACAAGCCUAUGCUUACAUUGGAGUAAAUCCCAUUGAACUCAUGCAUACGGUUUAACUUUUAGCCACACUUAGCUUCUACUAUGCCAAGUUGUGCAGGAAAGUCCUUCCCAGUCUUGCCUUCACAUGCCAAGAAAAACAGACACCAACUUUGUAUUUGUUGUUAACCGUUUAUUAAAAUUUUCCCAAAUUCUUUUGGA